AUGGCGGCUUUCCUGGCGAUGGAUGCUUCGCGAUGGUCGUCAUCCUUCAGCAACCGUAGCCAUAUCGAUUGGGCCGUGACGCCUGAAGCCUACAUCUUCUCCGCCUCCCUUCCUGGUAACGAUCACAAGAACAAUGGCCGCAGGCGCCAUCAUCUACCCCCAUCAGAAGAGAAUGUUACCCUCGACUCGAUUGUAUUUACAUUUGUUUUCAAAUUGGCAGGUGCGAGGAAAGAGGAAAUCACGUUGGGGAUCGAGGACUCCCAGUACGUUUGCAUCGAGACCGAGUCGGUCGGUGGCGGGAGAAGGGGGUUGUGGAGGAAAUUCCGGCUGCCGGACGGGGUGGACGUGGCCCGUGUCUCAGCAGAGUUCCGGAACGGAGUCUUGUCCAUUACCGUUCCGAGGUUGGCGCCGGUCCCGCUGCCCCCCGUCCCUACCACAAGGUUCAGGGUCGACCCGGGGGACGUAGCCGCCGAUAACCACCAUGCUGUCGCGCGAGCGGCGUAA